GAGCGAGUGAAGUCGAGGGAGAAAGUGGCGGCGGUGGGGGGGACGGGACUGGACGGGACGGCGACAGAUUCUCCUGAGCUCGCGGUCACCUCCUCACACGAUGGCGCAGUGGAACCAGUUACAGCAGUUGGACACGAGAUACCUGGAGCAAUUGCACCAGCUUUACAGUGACAGCUUCCCCAUGGAGCUCAGGCAGUUUCUGGCAGCUUGGAUAGAAACUCAAGAUUGGGCAUAUGCAGCUAGUAAGGAGUCUCAUGCCACCCUGGUAUUUCACAAUCUGUUGGGCGAGAUUGAUCAGCAAUACAGCAGGUUUCUGCAGGAAUCCAACGUCCUGUAUCAGCACAACCUAAGAAAGAUUAAACAGUACCUCCAGAGCAGGUACCUGGAGCGGCCGAUGGAAAUUGCACGGAUCAUCGCUCGCUGCUUGUGGGAAGAAGCUCGUCUCCUUCAGGUGGCUGCCUCAGUGUCACAGCAAGCCGGUCAGUCACCACACCAUAGCUCUGUGGUUACAGAGAAACAACAAAUCCUUGAACACAAUCUGCAGGAUGUACGGAAGCGAGUGCAGGAUCUUGAACACAAGAUAAAAGUGCUGGAGAACCUACAGGAUGACUUUGAUUUUAAUUACAAGACCCUGAAAAGCCAAGGAGAUGUGCAGGAUCUGAAUGGUAAUUCACAGGCAGCCACAAGGCAGAAGAUGGCACAGCUGGAGCAAAUGUUGACCGCUUUGGACCAGAUGAGAAGGCAAAUCGUCACUGACUUGGCUGCACUUCUGUCUACCAUGGAGUUUGUGCAGAAAACUCUGACCGACGAGGAACUGGCUGAUUGGAAAAGGCGACAGCAGAUCGCGUGUAUAGGAGGCCCACCCAACAUCUGCCUUGACCGUCUCGAAACCUGGAUCACAUCUUUGGCAGAGUCUCAACUCCAAACACGUCAGCAGAUCAAGAAGCUGGAAGAACUACAACAAAAGGUUUCUUACAAAGGCGAUCCCAUUGUUCACCACAGGCCGGUUCUGGAGGACAGAAUUGUUGAAUUAUUUCGGACCCUCAUUAAAAGUGCUUUUGUUGUAGAGAGGCAGCCAUGCAUGCCAAUGCACCCAGACCGGCCCCUGGUGAUCAAAACGGGUGUGCAAUUCACAACAAAAGUCAGGUUACUGGUGAAAUUUCCCGAGCUAAACUAUCAGCUUAAAAUCAAGGUUGCUAUUGACAAGGAUUGUGGCGAUGGGUCAGCAUUGAGAGGGUCACGGAAAUUUAACAUACUGGGAACCAAUACAAAGGUCAUGAAUAUGGAGGAAUCCAACAACGGAAGCCUGUCUGCGGAGUUCAAGCAUUUGACGUUGAGGGAACAGAGAUGUGGGAAUGGAGGCAGAGCCAGCAGUGAUGCUUCCCUCAUCGUGACUGAGGAACUGCACCUGAUCACAUUCGAGACUGAGGUUUAUCACCAGGGGCUCAAGAUUGAUUUGGAGACGUCAUCGCUCCCCGUGGUAGUGAUCUCCAACAUCUGCCAGAUGCCAAACGCCUGGGCCUCCAUUCUCUGGUACAACAUGCUGACCAACAACCCAAAGAACGUGAACUUCUUCACCAAACCCCCGGUAGCCACUUGGGACCAGGUGGCUGAGAUUCUCAGCUGGCAGUUCUCCUCCACCACGAAGAGAGGCCUCAACAUGGAGCAGCUGGCAACGCUGGCCGAGAAACUGCUGGGUCCUGGAGUCAACUAUUCUGGGUGUCACAUCACGUGGGCAAAAUUCUGCAAAGAGAAUAUGCCGGGCAAAGGGUUCUCAUUCUGGGUGUGGUUGGACAACAUCAUAGACCUGGUGAAGAAGUUCAUUCUGUCACUCUGGAAUGAUGGGUACAUCAUGGGUUUCAUAAGCAAAGAGAGGGAGCGAGCCCUGCUCAGUCAGAAACCACCAGGUACCUUCCUCCUGCGAUUCAGUGAAAGCAAUAAAGAAGGUGGAAUAACCUUCACGUGGGUGGAAAAGGACAUCAAUGGGAAAACCCAGAUCCAGUCCGUGGAGCCCUACACCAAACAGCAACUGACCAACAUGUCCUUUGCUGACAUCAUCAUCAGCUACAAGAUCAUGGACGCCACCAACAUCCUGGUCUCUCCACUCGUCUACCUCUUUCCCGACAUUCCCAAGGAAGAGGCCUUCGGAAAGUAUUGCUGCAGUGAGCCCCAGGAGCCGAUCGAUCCCAACGACCCAGACACCUUCGCUUACCUGAAGAGAAAGUUCAUUUGUGUAACGCCAACAAACUCGGGCAACACGAGCGACCUGUUCCCAAUGUCUCCACGAACACUGGACUCACUGAUGCACUGCGGUACCAACACGGAGAGCAGCGAGCAGGGGGCAGCAGGGGGACUCGAUUCCAUCACUUUGGACAUGGAGUUUGGGACGGAAUGUGCACCCUCUCCCAUGUAAACCUCUCCAGAUCUUCGACCGUUUUACAUCUUCAGCAUCAUUAACCACUGGUUUUGUUGGCUUACCGAAUAAGCCCUUUAUAUCUUAUCAUCUAUUUUGUCGACGAGUAGUUUAAUCACAUUACUACCCAUUUGCAAUCUAAUGCUUUUUACUGUAAUGUUAAUUUCCGGUUGCAUAUUUUUUCCAGAUCGAACCCAAUCUUAAAAAAAANGCGCAAAAAAAAAAGAGAAAAUCUGUAUUACGAAAGCUUUGUUUUAUCCAAAUUCGGGGCAUCGACCUAAAGUUGUUCAGCUUCUCACGACAGCAAGUGGGUGAAGCGAAUGAAAUGUUCUCUUGCGGAGUGCGUCUCGAAGAACCUUGGUGCACUUACUGGACAUGCUGCACAUGUACACAUGUCCUCUUUUUUAAAUGCGGAACAAACCCCUCAUUUAUAUAAUAUAUAUAUAUAUAUAUAUAAUAUAUGUAGUCAAACUUAUGCAACAGGCUCCCUAGGGAGACAGUGGAAGUAGAAAGGGUUGUUUGUUUCAAGAACAAAUUAGAUAGAUUUCUGCUAGAAAAUAAUAUCUGGGGCUACAGUGUAUAGUUUGGGACACGGCGUGGCGUGACCAGGGAUGGUGGAAGGUGAACUGGGCGGUCUUCUUUUGCCAGCAAAUUCUUACGUUCUGAUAUAUCUGGUAAACGCGGCUGCGUUAUCACUCACUCCGCGUUGUGUGGUUUAAGUCAUUCGUGGCGUUUAAAGAUCCGUUCGUCAGGAGUGAGGGCCUCUUAUUCCACUUGCGGUGGGAGAUGCUGCACGAUGAGAGGGACUUGGAAUUGCUCUUCUCCCCCCGUCAGCCACACGACGCCUUCGCGUUCAGCCGAUGUGCAGGAAGAGAACCACAGAGUAGGGCGCGCAGGGAGUAGUGAUGCACGUUGCUACGUCCUAACGGCGCUGAAGAGGCCACUGCACAGUUUGGCUGAACAUGUCUGGGCGACUGGCCUUUCUCUCUCUCGCUCCCUCUCCCCCUCUGGGCAUUCAUCUGAUCUUCCCCGGCUUCUUGGCUCCUCGCCAGCGAUGGGAACGGGAACCGGUGGGAGGGACAGGCCGAACAAAGCGUUUGGGGGGGGGGGGGGGGGCGUGAAGCGAACGAUGCUAUUUUGAAAAGAAAAUUGUUUCUCUUGUUAACUCGGCGGUGAUUAUUGUACGGGGCAAACCUGCAUCUUUGCGGUCGGGGCCAGGGGCGGCGAAGUGGGGGCGGGGAAGGAGAGGGGUAAAACUCUCGAUCAGAAGAGAAGCAGCAGCCGUACUCCCAAUACUAGGGAUGCAAGUCACAGUCGGAGGCUUGUUUGGGAAUAGCGCCUAAAUCGGAAUGCCACGCAGGAGCCCGUCUGGAGAAUUUCCGGGUUAUUGGAGAGGCCUUGGCUGAAGGAGACGUGGUUUCCGCGUCCGUUCUGCUUUUAAGUUUCCUUAAACUCGAAUGUAUUUCUUGAUUUUUUUUCUUUUCAUUUUUAAAAAUAUAUAUAUAUAUAUUUUAUGGGAAAUUUGAUAAGAUGAAAGCACACGCCCGGUCGUGCGGAGUAAAGGGGGACUUGGAAUAAGACGGUGUUACGCUCACUCCCGUCGCUGGUCCGUGUGCGGUCGGAGGGACAGUUGGUUGUAUUGUGGGAGGGGAGAAAUGGCUGGAAAAUCCCGGGUUAUAAGUGGCCCUAAUCUGCAUUUCAACAAC